UAAAGAGGGAGAGGAGAUGAUAAGGCAGAGAACGAAAAGGAGGAACGACAAGCGCUGCAGAGAGAGUCUGCGUGCGACCAUGAAAAGCCUGGGAAGAAUAGAGACUAAUUGGGAGAGCGACGCUGUUGCAUAUGCACAACACGUCUGCUAUUACUGCACAACUCGAAUAACAGACCCACCGACUUCCCACGCGCCGUGAGAAAACAUUUCUUUACGUGUCGUCUAUCGUGUGUCUCGUGUACGACUACCUACUGACGCUCUCAAAGUUUAAUCCUUUCUAAUCGUCGAGAUUAAAUUGGUGUUUUUCUUCGUCUGCAGUCCAAGAUAAAUGUACACCUUUGUAUGAGUGUAUUUAUGCAAGUGAUCUCCCGACUUCUGUACAGAAAACUCGCUGCCUGUUACGAAACAAACGCAUAGAAGAAUUUCCUGUGAUGUUACUGCGUAUGCUGAAGCGCACAACAUGCGUGUCCAGGAGUCUGUUUACAGAUGCCAACAACUCGCAGAUAUCUGCUGUCGGUGCCUUAGUGAAAGAGAAAGCGAGCGUUGAAGAACAAAACAUACUGACAGAUACUUUUGGGCGAUAUCACACAUAUUUACGGAUAUCACUGACAGAAAGAUGCAAUUUGAGAUGUCAGUAUUGCAUGCCGGAGGAAGGUGUCACUUUAACAAAGAAAGAAAAGCUGCUGACUACGGAUGAGAUGAUCUACCUGGCUGAACUUUUCGUUAAACAAGGAGUUAGGAAAAUAAGACUGACUGGUGGUGAACCUACUGUUCGGAGGGACAUUGUAGACAUUGUCGGUGCCUUGAAGAAAAUAAAAGAUCUUGAAAGUGUCUUAAUGACAACCAAUGGCCUCAUGUUGACAAGACAGCUGGUUGCCUUGCAGAGGGCAGGGCUUGACGGUCUGAACAUCAGCUUAGACACCCUGCAGUCCCAACGCUACAACCAGAUCACGAGGAGGAAAGGCUGGGAGCGUGUCAUGGCUGGCAUAGAUCUAGCCUUGCAACUUGAAUACGACCCUGUGAAGAUAAAUUGUGUUGUAAUGCGAGGUUUUAAUGAAGAUGAAGUGUGCAGUUUUGUGGAGUUAACAAAAGAGAAAAAUGUUGAUGUAAGAUUUAUCGAGUACAUGCCUUUCAGCGGCAACAAAUGGAAUGAUGGGAAGAUGGUCUCAUUUAGUGAAAUGCUCCAAAUAAUUAGAAAGCAGUGGCCUGAUUUUGCACCUCUUCCCAAUGGGCCCAAUGAUACCUCAAAGGCAUACCAUGUCCCGGGCUUCAAAGGACGUGUAGGAUUUAUUACCUCAAUGAGUGAACACUUCUGUGGCACGUGCAACCGUUUACGGAUAACAGCUGAUGGCAAUUUGAAGGUGUGUCUCUUUGGGAAUUCAGAGAUAUCUCUCAGAGAUGCAAUACGAAGCAAAUGCAGUGAGGAUGACUUACUUGCCAUGAUUGGAGCAGCAGUGAGAAGAAAGAAGAAACAACAUGCAGGCAUGAUGAACCUGUCAAAGAUGAAGAAUCGGCCAAUGAUUCUUAUUGGAGGAUAACAGUGGCACUGAACUCGAUGGCUGCAGUGAUGUCGUGAAGGCACAAAGUCGGAAGUUGUUAAACCUUCAGAAACAAGAUUUUCAAAAGUACUUCUUCUCAGAUACCAAUAUUCCGCCCCUGUUUGUGUCGGAUACACAGAUGUCUCAGUUGUUAUCACAUAAUUUGAGUGUAGUGACUGAAUCUAGAAAACAGUUUCUUUUGCUUCCCUGUACCUCAAGCAUUAUGUGCAGUGCAGGACUCCUAACAAGACAAAUGCACAGAGCACAGCCCUCUGUCUUCUCUCGCUGUUUCUGCAGUUCGGGAGCACAGUUCGGAAGUCUGACUCAUGUCGACCGGACCGGCAGAGCGAAAAUGGUCGACGUGGGUUCGAAGCCAGUUACAGAACGGACUGCUACGGCACAAGCAAAGGUUUUUGUGGGACCCGAACUGAUGAAACUUGUACGAGAAAAUGGCCUGAAGAAAGGUGACGUACUUAGCGUUGCUCGCCUGG